UCGACUCUGUGCUUCUGUAAUUCCCCAGUGAGAAUCAGUUGUUUGCCUUCAUUGGAGUUUAGCAAACAGGUUGAAAUGGCAGCGGGAGUAGCAGCGUGGCUUCCCUUUGCCCGAGCAGCGGCAAUAGGAUGGAUGCCAGUAGCCAGUGCCCCUAUGCCAUUAGCACCCAAAGAAAAAAGAAGAACACAUGAUGGCUUUAUUAUCCUUAACGUAAGUGGGACCAAGUUUCAAACAUGGAGGAGUACUUUGGAGAGGUACCCGGACACCUUACUCGGAAGCACUGAGAAGGACUUCUUUUUUAAUGAGGACAUUAAUGAGUAUUUCUUUGACCGAGACCCGGACAUUUUCAGGCACAUACUUAAUUUUUACCGCACUGGUAAAUUGCACUACCCACGGCAUGAAUGUAUUUCUGCAUACGACGAGGAGCUAGCCUUUUUUGGCAUAAUCCCUGAGAUUAUUGGUGACUGUUGUUAUGAAGAAUAUAAGGAUCGCAGGCGAGAGAAUGCAGAGCGAAUACAAGACGACGCUGACGAUGAGAAUAACAAAGAGGGAGUUUUGCCAGAUAUGACCCUACGCCAGUCAAUGUGGCGGGCAUUUGAAAACCCACACACCAGCACUUUAGCUCUUGUAUUUUAUUAUGUCACUGGCUUUUUCAUCGCUGUUUCAGUCAUAGCCAACGUGGUGGAAACUGUACCAUGUAGGGCUUCACCAGGCAUGAUUAAGGAUUUACCCUGUGGGGAGCGCUAUGCCUUGGCAUUUUUUUGUCUCGAUACUGCAUGUGUUAUGAUAUUUACAGUUGAAUAUCUACUUCGCUUAAUUGCAGCACCCAGUCGUUACAGAUUUGUCCGAAGUGUGAUGAGCAUCAUUGAUGUGGUCGCCAUCAUGCCCUAUUAUAUUGGGUUGGUCAUGGCCAACAAUGAGGACGUGAGUGGGGCCUUUGUAACCCUAAGGGUUUUCAGGGUCUUUCGCAUUUUUAAAUUUUCACGCCAUUCACAGGGACUGCGUAUCUUGGGUUACACGUUGAAGAGUUGUGCAUCUGAGCUAGGAUUCUUGCUUUUCUCGCUGACCAUGGCCAUUAUCAUCUUUGCCACAGUGAUGUUCUACGCAGAGAAAGGCUCCACAGCCAGCAAGUUCACAAGUAUUCCUGCAGCUUUCUGGUAUACUAUCGUUACCAUGACUACACUUGGAUAUGGCGACAUGGUUCCCAAGACGAUUGUAGGGAAGAUUGUUGGCUCAGUGUGCUCCCUGAGUGGAGUGCUAGUUAUUGCUCUGCCUGUUCCUGUGAUUGUCUCCAACUUCAGCAGAAUAUAUCACCAGAAUCAGAGAGCUGACAAGCGCAGAGCUCAGAAGAAAGCGAGACUUGCUAGAAUUCGAAUGGCGAAGAGCGGGAGCGCUAAUGCUUAUAUGCAGAGCAAACACAAUGGCUUGCUGACCGAUACACCUGAGCAGGCCUCAAAAGAAGCAGGACAGGCCUUCCUUAAUAAAACCAACUUAUCGUUUGAAAAAGAGCAUCAUCACUUACUGCACUGCCUAGAGAAAACCACGAAUCACGAGUUUGUGGAUGAAGAGACCUAUGAGAAGAACUGCAUGGAAGUCUCAUCGGUUAACCCUCCAGGCUCUCGCUGUUCAUCCAUCUCCUCUCAGCAUGGGCUCACCUCCACUUGCUGCUCUAAACGGAACAAGAAGACCUUCCGCCUCCCCAACUCCAACAUGUCAGGCAGCCAUGCAGGGAGUUUGCAGGAGCUCAGCACGAUACAAAUCCAGGAGAGACCAGUGAUAUCUAACAGUCGUUCCAGUUUAAAUGCCAAGAUGGAAGACACAGUCCAACGGAACUCUGAGCAUCCGUAUGUCACUGCAGCAAUAAUAAGCAUCCGGACUCCACCUGUCACAUCACCUGAAGGGAACAACACGUCAGACUCUCCGGACUACUCUCAGCGCAACAUAGUGAAAGUUUCAGCAUUAUAAACUUUUUUUUUUUUUCUGGACACUAAAAAAGGCCUCAAAAGCACAUGUUCUGGUUCUGUCCAGUUUUUUUGUGAUAGGUCUGGCUAGGAAGAAAGAAAGAAAGAAAUUCAGGGCUUUUAUUUUCCUGAGUGAUAGUUGAGGCAGUGUGUACAGUUUUUGAGGGAAUCAAAUGAUUAACCCUUUACACUUUGUAUUUUGUGUAUAUCAAAGAGGUUGGACCUUCCUAGGUGAAACUGAGAUGGUGACAAAUAUUCUGAGAGUGAAAUCAGAUGAGCACAAUGAGACUUUAGGUGUUGAUGCUUCUUUCAUUAGAAAUUGUGUGUGUGUGUUUUAAUACCUGGUCUAUGACUUGAAAGAAAAUAUCAACAGCAACUCUGGGCUCAUCAAGUAAAACUUUCAAUUUGUUUAAAAUGAUAUGGAGGUGGGAGGAUCCCUACUGAAUACAUUGAACAUGGUGCAACACCACAGUCCUAGCGCAUGUGCUAUACAGAGUAUCUGCAGCUGUAACUCAACAGUAAACUUUUCUUAAUAGGCAUGAACACUUGUGGUUUGUCCAGAAGCCAAUCUGUGCCAAUAUAUGUGGCUCUCAAGAUGGUUACUGCAAUGGUUGCUGAAUACUUUACUGUACAUACUGUUUUCCAUAUAUUCAGUAUUUUACACUAAAACACUGUUUAGCA